AUGCUUACAACCGUGAACGACGAAGAACAAGCGACAAUCAGAGAAGCAUGUGAGGUAAGAGGUUUGUUAGAAAAUGACAACCAUUGGGAUGAUACUAUGGCCGAAGCCGUUCUUUGUCGCUCUGCAGCUAAAUUGAGAGAAUUAUUUGCGAUUUUAGUGAGCACAUGUGGUUUAUCGAAUCCACUUAAUUUGUGGAAUAAAUACAAGGCCGAUUUAUCAGAAGAUAUAGCGUAUAGGUUGCAAGAUACCCACAACGAUAUUAUUUACAACGAAGCCUUAGUACUCAUUGGAGAUAAAAUGCUUACCAUAUCUGGUAAAUGCCUUGCAGAUUUUGGCCUACCUACACCACAGAGAAGAGGAGAAAUAUCAAGCGAUGUUGCACGAGAGCUUAGCUACGAUAUACCAGUUUUACAAUCGCAUGUCCGUGAAACAACACCGAAACUGCUUCCUGAACAACAUGCAGUUGUCAAUGUAAUAUUAAAUAGACUAAGUAGCGGAGAAGGAGGACUUUUUUUACUGGACGCUCCCGGCGGCACAGGAAAAACAUUUGUGCUAAAUCUAUUGCUAGCUCACGUGCGCAUGAACCGCAAUAUAGCCUUGGCUGUAGCAUCCUCGGGUAUUGCUGCAACGUUACUUGACGGCGGUCGUACAGCCCAUUCUGUCUUCAAACUGCCGCUUAAUCUUGCAACCGAGGAUACACCAACAUGCAAUAUUUCCAAAAACAGUGCGCGAGGACGUCUUUUACAGCAAUGCAAACUCAUAGUAUGGGACGAAUGCACAAUGGCACACAAACAUGCCCUCGAAGCGUUAAACCGCAGUCUUCAUACAUUCGUAGCAAUCAGGCAUUAA